AUGGCCGGCGCGUCCUCGCCGCCCCCGACGCCCAAGUCGCCCAAGCUGCAGCCGCCGCUCCUCGAGCGCGCCAAGGGCCCCUCCGGCCUCGACAAGAUCGUGCUCCGCGACCCGCGCGGGUUCACCGCCGAGGUCCGUCUAUAUGGAGGACAAGUUACCUCUUGGAAGAAUGAGCAGGGGGAUGAGUUACUUUUUGUAAGCAGCAAGGCAAUUUUCAAGUCCCCGGGAGCAAUUCGUGGUGGCAUACCAAUUUGCUUUCCCCAGUUUGGAACACAUGGAAAUCUUGAAAAACAUGGAUUUGCAAGGAACCGGCUAUGGCUCGUUGAUGAUAAUCCUCCACCACUCCCAGUAAACACUGGUAUUAAAACUUAUGCAGACCUCAUUCUGAAGCCUUCUGAAGAAGAUCUCAAGAUUUGGCCUCACAGAUUCGAAUUCCGGUUAAGAGUUGCUCUUGGACCCAAAGGAGAUUUGUUUCUCACUUCUCGAAUUAGAAACACCAACACUGAUGGAAAGCCUUUCUCAUUUACAUUUGCAUAUCAUACAUACUUCUCCGUGUCUGACAUAAGCUUCCUUGUUCCAAUGCAUCAUAAUUCAAAACUUUAUUAUGUGCUUACUGAAACUGCAAAAUUCCUUAGCGAAGUACGUAUUGAAGGGCUGGAAACAAUGGACUACUUUGACAACCUGAAGGGAAAAGAGCGAUUCACGGAGCAGGGGGAUGCUCUUGUGUUUGAAUCAGAGAUUGAUAAAGUAUAUCUGGACACACCACCAAAAAUUGCAAUUAUUGAUCAUGAGAAGAAAAGAACAUUUGUGCUUAGGAAAGAUGGGCUUCCAGAUGCUGCUGUAUGGAACCCAUGGGAGAGGAGGUCAAAAACCAUUCUUGAUUUUGGUGAUGAAGAAUAUAAGCACAUGUUGUGUGUGGAGCCUGCAGCUGUUGAGAAGCCCAUUACCCUGAAGCCUGGUGAAGAGUGGAAAGGAAGGUUGGAGCUCUCAGCUGUUCCUUCCAGUUACUAUAGUGGUCAGUUAGAUCCAGACAAGGUUCUUCAUGGUUGA